UGUGCAGUCUUCUGCAGGGUCUACACUCCGGAUCAUUCCUACGUCACCAUCAGGAGUCGUCUGUCCUGUCGGGUCGGAGAGAUUCUGGCUCUGGUCAGAGAGAAACUGCAGUACAGCGAAGACCAACCGGUUCUGCCCGGAAACCUGAUCCUGGUGGCGGUCACAUCGGCCGGAGAGAAGGCCGUGUUUCGGCCCUCUGAUGAGGCCGUGUUCACCACGCUGGGAGUCAACACUCACCUGUUUGCUUGUGAACCCUCUGAGCUCGAGUCCCUGCUUCCUCUUCCCGAGGAGAUCCACUGGACGCCGGGGGACAGCAAACUCCACGACAUGUCGGCGGAGGAAGUUGCCAAUCAGCUGGUGGUGUUUGACUGGGAGCUGUUCAGCUGUGUGCACGAGGUGGAGUUCGUGUGCUAUGUGUUUCACGGGGAACAGUCCCGCUGGCGCCCCCUGAACCUGGAGCUGGUACUGCAGCGCUGCAGUGAGGUGCAGCACUGGGUCGCCACAGAGAUCCUGCAGUGUCAGUCGCUGCCAAAGAGGGUCCAGCUGCUCCGCAAGUUCAUCAAGAUCGCAGCACUCUGUAAGCAGCAGCAGGACCUGCUGUCGUUCCUCGCUGUGGUUCUGGGUUUAGACAACCCCGCCGUCAACAGACUACGACUCACCUGGGAGGGGCUCCCGGGGAAGUUCAGGAAGCAGUUUCAGCAGUUUGAGAGCGUCGCGGACCCAUCCAGGAACCACAAGUCCUACAGAGACCUGAUCACCAGCCUGAGACCUCCGCUGAUCCCCUUCACACCUCUGCUGCUCAAAGACUUGACGUUUCUUCACGAGAGCUGUAAAACGUUUCACGGUGAACUCGUCAACUUUGAGAAAAUGCAUAAAGUGGCCGAGAUGGUGAGGAUCAUCAGACGAUACAGGAGCAGCCAGCUAGCCAUGGAUACGGAGACAUCCCCGUCCCACCUGCAGACGAAGGCCUACGUCCGACAGUUACAGGUGAUCGACAACCAGAACCUGCUGUUCGACAUGUCCUGCAAACUGGAGCCCAAAGACACAUAAAGGGACGGACAGGACGGACAAAAAGAGACUGAAAGAGACUGAAAACGAAGAAGAGGAGAUUGGAUGAAGAGAAAAGGAAGAGGAGGAGGAGGAGGAAGACAGGGAGAGGGAUAUAAGGAAGGAGUCUCACACUGGAACCAGAAACCUCCUCCUCCUCAUCUACCUUCUUCUCCUCCUUCACCCUCCACUUUGACUGAGUUCUCAUUUGCUUCUUCUUCCACUCUCCCUCCACCUCCUCUUCCUCCCUCAUCCCUCCAUCAGCAGCAGUCAAACACUGCCAGCAGCCCGACAACCACUGACACACAGAGACGCUCGGAGGGACCAAAAAAACGCCAUGAGACGUGUUUUUCAGUUCACGGUCCAGUCGGAGUUUUAACCUCCAGAUGCUUCAGCGACGGAUCGGCUUCAUUCUGCGGCGGCCAUUUUAUCCCUAAAGCCUGCUGGAACAUUGUCGUAAAAGUCUGCGAUCGUUUAACCGCCAUUUCGUGGGAAACAGGAAUUAUACGGCAUUGGCCCAAAUAUAAGACAGAAUCUUUUCUGGGAUUUUACGUUUGUGUUGUUUUAACGUUCACAUAUUCACGUAACAUCAGAUAUUGUUGAACGGAGAAAGUGUUGCAGUGUUGCAUUGUGGGUUCGUCAGCACUGAAAGUGUUUAUGAAGCGAGUUGAGCGUGUCUUUACCGACUUCAUCUGACAAUCAGCCAAGAAUUACUGCUCUUUAUCAGUAAUCAUGUUCCUGAUCCAAGUUAGUGCAAAUAUGAACCCAAUCUCUAAAACAUGAUAAAAAAGAAAAUACAGAAAAAAACAGGAAAUAUUUGAGGUAUUGUUUUUUUUUUUUGAGCAAACUGAAAAGUAGGAGCUCAAAAAAAGUCUAAGAAAUUAUGAAGUCAGAAAAUGUGUGUUUUUGGGAAAAUUGGAGGACAAACAGUCUCUCAGUGUUUUAAGAAGUCUUAAAAAUCGUCGUAUAUUUGGGUCAAUGUGGUAUUUCUGCGAUGACGCACGUAAGCUUCUGUACGGGUCUACAGACAGAAGGGUGUUAUGGGUAAUUGUGUGUUGACACCAAAAAAAUCAACAAUCCAACUUCCUGUUUGGGAGCCAGAUCUGAAACAAAACACCGGAACUGAACCCGGAAUCUGUACAGGAACCGAAACCAACUCGUUAACGUCUCUGAACAACAACACGCAGACGGAGAAGCUUUUAAACUCACCUGAGGACGUAAAGACGGCGGCAGACGAACCGACAGACCCCCUCUCGUGGAUUCCUGCUGUGCUGCAGUGGUUUUGUUCUCCAGGAUAUUUUCUCUGAGGUUGUGCAAUCUCUGCAGGAACAAACACGAAAUAAAUUCAGUCGCACUGAACCUUCGUACGAACUUCGUGUGACACUGUGACGUCACAACACGAGUUUACACGUGCAGAAAUGUGUCAUCUGUAUUUCCAGACUGAAUAUAUUUUUCCAUCAAAUAACAAACUCUUUUACAUAUAAAGGACUCGACCAUGUGGAUCUGUAGCUGAACUCAGUUACGGUUGAUUGUGGUUUACAGCAGUGGUUAAGGGCUGUUAGGCUGACCUCUGAUCUGUGGUUUGUAUCAGCUGCCAUAUUUCACACAGUGACUGAACCCAACAGUGACGAUGCAUUCACUGGACUUAGAGACAGUCUGGGACAUCGGUCACGGUGCAUUCAUGGACACGUGGAUGGAGGACGUUUCCUUGCUGGAUCAGAGUGCGUAGAUGCUGGUUUUCUACCGAACGUGAUCUCAGUUUCAGUCUAAAGACACUCGGGUCUUUUCUGCUUUUUGUUUCAGAAUUCACACCAUGUUCACUUUAAAGGACCAUACUGUGUUUUUGUAUGUUUUAACCAGUUUUACUACAAAUCAAGUAUCAUCAGUUUCCAGUGUGGUUUAGUCCCUCCCAGAGAGCUACAGGUGUCCACGUGGAGGUCAGACUGAUAUUAUCAGAUCUGUCCCGUAAAUAUCAGUUGAUAUAUAACGUUGAGAAUCUGUAGAAAAAUGUGUUUAGGGUCAUUACACAGUUUGUCCACCAGAGGGCUCAAACAAGUUUAUUUAUACACUAUAAAAAGUCACAACUCUAAAAAAAUUUUAGCAUAAAAUGUUACUUUAAAGUCCCAAUAUAACACUACCAGGCUCCAUAGCUCCACCAAAAACUCCCAGAAAGUACCUUUCACAACCAAAUUUAAGGGACUUUUAUAAGAAUUAAGAAUAAUUCUGUUUGUAUUAAAAUAUCAGCUAAUGGAUUCUACCAUCAACCGACACAUCUUGUAUUUAUCAGCAGAUAAUAAUUAGGACACAUAAAUGUUUGACUGUUUCUUAAUGAAACAGGAAUGCUGGUUGUUUUGUCCGGAGAUCGACGAGUGGGCGGAGUCGGAGUAAACGGGCUAAAACAUGCAAACACAGGUAUGGUGCUUUAAGAAAGUGAUGUGAAGUGGUUGAAAUCAGCCAAUCAGCUGUGUUACCCGGACGACAUCAUACCGGAGAGAUAAAUACAAACAUACAAAAGAGUCAACAGGAGUUUUUCUUUUUUCUUCUCAGCGUUUGGGAUCUAACUGCUGAACGACCAGCCGGCUUUGAAGGAAGGACCCGAUCAGCCCCACGGAGCGGCCCCCCGCCAUUGGUCGGCUCGGUGGAUUUGGCGGGUCGGGGUCCGAGGCAAUAACCGAGCGGCGGGAAGCAAAGCCGGUUGGUCAACUUAUCGCAGCAACAAGCACUUUUGCCAAACCUCAGGGCUCAGAGACACAGAGAGGUUUUGUUUACUCUUUAUUCUAGAUUUUCAGUAGAGUUCGGUUCAGUUGAGUCCAGUUGUGUUGCGAUCAAUCGGUUCUGUGUUUGUACAGCUGAUCACGCUUCAGUCAUAUUUACUAUAAUAAUAGAAAUCUACAGAGUUGUUGUUUUUCUGCUGUGAUCACCACCAGGUCUGAGUCCAGCUGGUCCACACGGAAACAUGGUUUUACUUUUGGUCUGAUUCAGAGUCGCGUACACUGUAGAAACCUUCAUCUGAAGUCAUUUUGUCUGAGUCCCAUCAGAGCUAAUGAUGAAGUGCGAGCUAAUGAUGUAGUGCUAGUUAACCCGCGAGACAGGGACCUGUUUCUAAAAAGCAAUUUGUGAGUGUCAGUGAGAGAAAUUUGAGACUCGAAUGAGUCUCUCGUACUCAUACAUACUCGUCCACGGUGGCGAAGUAACGUGCUAAUUAGUGAAACAGGAAGUAGUUUAUGAAUUAAACUUAUUUCUUCACAGAUCAUGAAAAUACUUGACUCAAGACAAAAUGAAUUACUACUGAAGGUUUUUUCUCGGUGCACUGAAGCGUUUCACUCUUCAG